UGGACAAACCAAGCCCGCUAAUUCGUUCAUUUCUUUAUUUUUGUUUGAAAAUCACACUUUAACUAGUACCCACAACUCAAUCAACAAUUGUCAAUGGCCCGUCUCGACUCUCAUUCACUCUUUCGUUUCCGCCACCUACCUUCCCCUUUCACCACCACCUCUACCCACCGUUACCACCGCCUCCACGUCAGCAGACCCCAGGGCUCAUCUUCGGGCCCAAUGUCAGAAACGGACCCCACACAAACGGCUCAAGUCCACCCGUCGCUAGAAGUCAUCGGAGGAGGUCGCGACAAGUAUUUACCGGCACUGAUGAAGAAUCUGGAGCAACCAUACAACCCGUUUCCACUAGUCGGGUCGAACCGACACAUAGAGACCAUAUUUGCGGCGUUCUUCCGGUCACGGCCAGAAGUUAAGUUCCGGCGUGAGUGUUUAAGGAUGAAAGAUGACGGUGCUGUUGCUCUUGAUUGGGUUGUCGGUGAUGAUCGCAAGCUUCCUCCUCUCUCUCCUAUCCUUCUUUUGCUGCCAGGUCUUACAGGAGGCAGUGAUGAUACUUAUGUAAGACACAUGUUGAUUAGGGCCAGGAGUCUGGGAUGGCGAGUGAUCGUCUUCAACAGCCGUGGCUGUGGUAAUAGCCCCGUCACUACUCCUCAGUUUUAUUCAGCGUCAUUCACUGGGGAUCUUACUGAAGUGAUUACACACGUAAAUGGUAGAUAUCCUAAAGCCAAAUUAUAUGCUGUUGGCUGGUCCCUUGGAGCUAAUAUUCUUGUACGUUAUUUGGGUCAGGAAUCACAUAACUGCUCUCUCGCUGGAGCUGUGAGCCUGUGUAACCCUUUCAAUCUGCCAAUUGCAGAUGAGGACUUCCACAAGGGCUUUAAUAACACUUAUGACAAAGCAUUAGCAAGCAGCCUUCGAAGAAUAUUCAAGAAGCAUGGCGCUCUCUUUGAAGAUAUUGGAGGGGAGUAUAACAUACCAAUGGCUGCAAAUGCAAAGACUGUAAGGGAGUUUGAUGAAGGGCUAACUCGAGUGUCGUUUGGGUUCAAGUCAGCUGACGACUACUACUUGCAUUCAAGCAGUUCGGAUUCAAUUAAGCAUGUUUGUACACCAUUGCUUUGUAUUCAGGCUGCUAAUGAUCCCAUUGCUCCAGCCAGGGGUAUUCCUCGCAAAGAUAUCGAGGAAAACCAGAAUUGUCUAUUAAUUAUUACACCAAAGGGUGGCCAUUUGGGGUGGGUUGCCGGUAAUGGAGCUCCGUUUGGAGCGCCAUGGACAGAUCCGUGUGUUAUAGACUUUUUGCAACAUCUCGAGAAGAGAUCGUCUGAAACCCCAUCGUCCCCUAGCCAAUCGAAUAGGGCUCCGAUGUGUACGCAGGAUAGCUUGUUAGCAACAGAGGUAUAGCUGGUGAUUUAUUUGAUUGUUUUCUGUAUUAAUUGCUUGAUUCUUUCUGGUGUACCUAAGAAUCUGUAGGAAGCUCCAGACAUAAUUUAUUGGCUGAAAAGAACCCAGCAACAAUUGUGUAUUCUUUGCUCAAUUGCAAAAUCAUCAAAGUGGAUUCAAACAUCCAGUUCAUGUUUUUUUAAAAAUAAAUAAAUUAUUAUUGCUAUGUA